AGGAAAUUGAACUAAACAGAGUUGAUUCUGCUGUGAGAGGGAGGUUGAACAGUGAAGAAUUCAUCAGCCUUUUUAAGGAUGUUUCAACUCGACAUGAAAUAUACUUCCUAUUAGUACGAUAUGACAGUUAUACAGGCUACCUCACCACAGAUGACCUACCUCUAUUUUUAGAAGCAUAGCAAGGGAUGCAAAGAGUUACGAAAGACAAAUGUAUAGAUAUAGUCAAUAGGUUUGAACCCUCGAAAGACGGGAGGAAAAAAGGGCAGUUAGGAAUAGAUGAAUUCACAGAUUAUUUGUUGUCGGAGGAAUGUGAUAUAUUUGAUCCCGACCAGAACAAAAUUUGUGAGGACAUGAACCAGCCUCUGAGCCAUUACUACAUUGCCAGCUCACACAAUACUUAUCUAAUGAAAGACCAGUUACAAGGCCCAUCUAGUGUGGAGGCUUAUAUACGUGCCCUUACCAAAGGAUGUUGGUGUAUGGAACUGGAUUGCUGGGAUGGACCAAACGAUGACCCCAUCAUUUACCACGGACAUACUUUCACCUCAAAGAUACAGUUCAAGGCCGUUAUUGAAGCCAUUAAUACUUAUGCAUUUGAAACCUCUGAGUACCCUGUGAUAUUGUCAAUAGAAAACCAUUGUAAUAUCAAGCAGCAGCAGGCCAUGGCGGAAUACAUGAUCGAGAUCUUCGGGGACAAGCUGUGUUCUGAGACGGUCCCAGAGAACGAGACUUGUCUCCCCUCACCAGACGCUCUCAGAGGAAAAAUACUUAUCAAGGGUAAGAAGCUGCCUCCUAACUCUGAGGACGGGUACGUAACUGACGAGGACGAAGGGGCGGAGUCAGACAAGAAGAAAAACAACAAAACCAAGGAUCACCCAGUAAAGAAGCACAAACUGGCUAAGGAGUUGUCUGACUUGGUUAACUACUGUGUGUCCACUAGAUUCCAAGACUUCCAACUGUCCCAAACAAAUCAGAAAUACUUUGAGAUGUGUUCAUUCAGUGAAUCCACUGCCAUCAAACUGGCCAUGAGUUGUCCGGAGGAGUUUGUUAAUCACAAUAAGAAGUUCCUGUCCCGUAUCUACCCCAACGGAAUGAGGGUGGACUCCAGUAACUAUAACCCACAGGACCUCUGGAACUGUGGCUGUCAGAUGGUGGCCUUGAAUUAUCAAACCCAUGGUCUGAUGAUGGAUCUGUACCAUGGAUUCUUUCGACGUAAUGCUAACUGUGGGUAUAUUCUGAAGCCAGCGAUAAUGAGGGAGGAGAUUGCGUACUUCAGUGCCAACACAAAAGAUGUCAUUCCAGGGGUGUCACCUCAAAUACUGCACAUAAAGGUCAUCAGUGGACAGCAUUUUCCAAAACCCAAAGGUUCUGGUGCUCGUGGUGAUGUCACAGACCCAUAUGUUACCAUAGAGAUUUUUGGCAUCCCUGCUGACUGUGCAGAAGAAAGGACCAAAACUGUGCCCCAUAAUGGAUAUAGUCCCAUAUUUGAUGAGAGUUUUGAGUUCCAGAUUAACCUACCUGAGUUGGCUUUGGUUCCGUUCGCUGUUUUAGAUGAUGAUUAUAUCGGUGAUGAGUUCAUUGGACAGUAUACCAUUCCUUUUGAAUGCAUGCAGACAGGUUACAGACAUAUUCGACUAUGCUCUAACACUGGGGAGGAGAUUCCUAACUGUACCUUGUUCAUACAUGUGGCAAUCACUAAUAAACGGGGAGGAGGG